GGCGGGCCCGGUGCGGAGCGAUGCAGAAAUACGAGAAGCUGGAGAAGAUCGGGGAAGGGACCUACGGGACCGUGUUCAAAGCCAAGAACAGGGAGACCCAUGAGAUCGUGGCAUUGAAGAGGGUCCGGCUAGAUGAUGACGACGAGGGUGUUCCCAGCUCUGCCUUGCGGGAGAUCUGCCUGCUCAAGGAGCUGAAACACAAGAACAUCGUCAGGCUGCAUGAUGUCCUGCACAGUGACAAGAAGCUGACGCUGGUGUUUGAGUUCUGUGAUCAGGACCUGAAGAAAUACUUUGACAGCUGCAAUGGGGACCUGGACCCUGAGAAUGUCAAGUCCUUCAUGUACCAGCUGCUGAAGGGCCUGGCCUUCUGCCACAGCCGUAACGUGCUGCACAGAGACCUCAAACCCCAGAACCUGCUGAUCAACAGAAACGGGGAGCUCAAACUGGCCGACUUCGGCUUGGCUCGGGCCUUCGGGAUCCCUGUGCGCUGUUAUUCGGCAGAGGUUGUCACGCUGUGGUACCGUCCCCCUGACGUGCUGUUUGGUGCCAAGCUCUACUCCACCUCCAUAGACAUGUGGUCAGCUGGCUGCAUCUUCGCAGAGCUGGCCAAUGCCGGGCGGCCCCUGUUCCCGGGGAACGACGUGGACGACCAGCUGAAGAGGAUUUUCCGGUUGCUGGGAACCCCAACCGAAGAGCAGUGGCCGGCCAUGACCAAGCUCCCAGACUACAAGCCGUACCCCAUGUACCCUGCAACAACGUCGCUGCUCAACGUGGUGCCCAAACUCAAUGCCACAGGUCGGGACCUGCUCCAGAACCUGCUGAAGUGCAAUCCGGUGCAGCGGAUCUCGGCCGAGGAGGCGCUGCAGCAUUCCUACUUCACUGACUUCUGCCUCCCGUAG